GUUUACUGGGCGGCGUAGCGUGGCGGGGGCGGGCGGAACGCCUGGGCGCCGACGCGCGGCUCGGCAGUGCUCGCCCGCCCUGGUCCGACACUCGACGUCGGCUCGUCAGCGAUACAACACAGCUAACAUUAAACGAUCAUUAUAUUAAUCGAACACGAGCACGACAUAAAUCGCCAAAAUGUUUAAAAGUCAUUUAGAAAUGAUUGGCAGAAAUGAGACGCCAUCGAAGAAAGCCAGAUUUUGGCAAUCCUUCGUGCGUUCUCUAAAAGGAUCGGAAGAUAUCAGAGCCGAGGAAAGGUACAGGCCAUCGCGCCGCAGCGUUUUCCCAGAGCUGUUGUCAACCUACCCCUACAGCAAAUCUAUCUACGAUGACCCCGUUGGCGCCGCUGAAAGGAUCACCGUACCCGGAUACCGCUACCUUCCAGUGCACCGUGAAGUAUAUGGAUACUCCCCGCGCCCUAUCUACGCACACAACUACCCUCGCUCCCUGGAACAGUACAGGCCAACAAAAACCGGAGCUGCUUAAAAUAGUUUUUAAGCAUGUUCAGUUACCAUGAAUAUUUAAGUUCAUGAUUAUACAGAUGUCAUCGAAGAAACAUCUUCAAAAAAAUACUAUAGAUUCAAUUUUCGAUAUGUAACGAGAAAAACGAAAUGAACAUCAUUCAUAGUCAUCGUUUUAUUAGUUGUAUUAAAUAUUUGUAUUGUUAAAAUUUUGUAUAAUUUUGUUAAAUAAAACUUAUGCAUUUAAAUCAUGACGUGUAUCCUGUUGAAAGCUCGGAGAUUUAAUUGAUGAUGAAUCGAUAGCCAUUACAUUUAUUUUACACAAACACAGACAUUUUUGAUUCGAUAUUAAAAUUGUCUCUGUUCAUAUUUAUGUAUGUCACGUGUUAACGUGUGAAUGUGCUCCGCUUCACAAUGUCUAAAUGUUACAUAUGUAUCUUUUAAAGGUUACUUAAUAGAAUGUUCGUAACAGUGAAAAACAUCAUUAUAAGAUUAUAUGUUCUUGUAUAUUGUUAUGUUUAGUUGUUGCUUAUGUAUUUUAUUCAGCAUUUAAUGUUUGUUUGCGUCAUAAUUCAUCAUUGCAUGUAAUGUUUAAUAGAAAUCAUCUCUUACACAUAACAUUUACUCACACUUAUAAAUACCAUAAGCCUGUAUUCGAUGUCAUUUUUAAAUCUUCAAGCAUUUCCCAGGUCACAGUUACUUUUAUUUCAAUUGUACCCUACCUAAGUUAAGAUUAAAAUCAAAUUGUUCGAAUCUUAAAUCCGUUCAACACAAAAAGAGGUAAGUUCUACGUAGGAGCUAUGAUUAUUACUAUCUCUCCGUGUUAAUUUUCAUUAUAUAUUUAAGCUUUCGCUCAAUAUCUAUCUAACAAUUACUAAUACUAUAUCUUCGUAUAUGUAAUGUAAAUAUACAUAUAUAGCUGAAAUUGAGUGAACUUUGAAUAUUUUUUUAUCUGCAUUAAACAUUUCUGUGAAUUCCUUAAAAAGUCCAUUUCAUCGGAUUGGCAAACGUCACGUUUGUCUUUUGUUUUCCCUUAAUUAUUCUUGUUUGGUUUAUUUUGUCGGGAAAUAAAAUUCAUAUUUGUAUUUUUGAUUUAUUAAAAUAUAAUUCUUUCAACAGUUUACCACGUACCGAGACGUGUGCGACGAGGUGUUGACCCGUUCGACUCUCACAAGGCGUGGCAAGACCACCUCGACAGACUUGCCGCCAUCGAUCGC